AUCCAGCUCAGGCAGUAAGGUUUUGUUCCUCUUGGACGACGGCCUCAGGAACGAAUAUAUCUGGCUCUUUUCUCGUUCACGUUCUUCUUGUUUCUUCGUCACGGUUGUUGGCAGCCCUCUUUAUUUAUUUUAUUUUUUACUACACGGAAGGAUAAGGAAUAGGUGAUCCUGGUUGAUACCCUGUUCGAACGAUACAAUCUUUGCAUCCUUGUUGUUUUGUUUCAUUCAGCUUUUCUCGAUUACGAACAAUACUAUCUAUCAGACCGGAACUUGAGAGAACACGAUCGUCAAGAUGAAGAUCAACCCCGCUCCUUUCCACAUGGCCCAGACCGUCAUCACUGGCCUUGUUGUUGUACUCAGCAUCGCUAUCCUUGGUACUUCGGCGCACACUCUUCGUGUCUUCAACGAGCAACACCUGUCCAACCCAUGGUGGGUGCCCAUGUGGCCCCAGCACUUUGAUGUGCAAGGAACCAAGGCACUUGUCGCUUCUUCCGUGGUAACAUUGGUUCUCUGCGGCGCUUUCUUGAUCGCGUCAUUCAUUCCCAAGUUGGCACUUCGUCAGAAAUACACUCUCCGCGCUCUUCUUUCCUUGGCAACACUACUCCCUACUCUUCUUCUUACGCUCAUUACUACUGUCUGGGCACACAUUCUCAACGGAAACGCACCCGAUGUCGACACCAUUCAGACAUGGACGUGCAAGAUGCAAAGCUCGCGGCCACUUGAGCAAGACCUACCUAAGGGCAUUGCUAUGCCGCCUGGCAUGGGCAACGGCGACUUCAAGUCGCUUUGUCAAUCGAGCAAAUUUGCGCUCUGGGGAACCCUUGUGGUCUUCUUGUUGGUCGGUGCCAGCACUGGUGUCACAGUGGUUACUUGGAUAGCGGACAAGUGGGCUGCCAGGCAGCACAGGAAGGAGGUUGAGAUGGGCAACAUCCCCGCCAAUCUGCCUUGAGAGUUGCAGCCAGUAUGUUGCAUCUUCCUCUGAGAUGAAGGUCUGCCUAAGGGCUAGCUGGGUUAGGUUCGGAGGCGAGUCAAUUGUUUAGUAUAUCCCGGGGGUUUGGUCUCGACAAGGCGAGAGGACAUGGACCUGUAUUUUACUGUAAGGCGUACUGGCGUUUUUGGCGGAACAAGGCCCGCCGUCGGCAGGUCAUGGGAUUUAGUGUUUCUUCCGCGAUUGUACGAUUUGGAUAAAUGAAACAAGUCUCAAGCGGCCAAGCAGCAAUGCCUCGUUCCUUGCAU